UUGAAUAUUAAUCUUAAAAAAAGUUGAGCUGGUAAUACUUUCGUUCAAACAUUUUGCCGUAGCUUUUCGUGGAAGUAUAUUUGUCAUUGGUUUUGGUGAAAUGAAGCUGUUGUAAAUAGGGUCUCCGAUUUAUCGUAAUAGAAUUAGAUUUUUAAACGUUAACUUAUCUUGUACAUAACUAUGGAUGAAAAAGAUCUUUAUGAAGUAUUAGGCGUUGACAAAAACGCUAAUGAGGCUGAAAUAAAAAAGAAUUACAGAAAAUUGGCUAAGGAGUUUCAUCCAGAUAAGAAUCCAGAUGCUGGUGACAAAUUUAAGGAAAUCUCCUUUGCGUAUGAGAUUCUUUCUGAUCCUGAAAAGCGUAAAACCUAUGAUCGUUAUGGCAUUAAAGGUCUACAGGAAGGUGUUGAUGGAUUUGAGAGUUCCUUUUUCUCUCAAUGGUUUCCUUUUGCUGGUGAUCAACAACCCAGUGGUAGUGGCACUCAGAAAUCACUCCAAAUAAUUGUACGCGUUGAGGUGACCCUUGAAGAAAUCUUUGCUGGUGAUGUCAUUAAGACAGUUGAAUAUCAGCGUACAAUCGUUUGUGGUGGCUGUAAGGGUCUUGGUGGUUCGGAGGAGGGUGUCACAAAGUGUACAGAAUGCAAGGGUACUGGCCGUCAAGCAAGUUUUGCAUUUAUUGGCUUGUGCGCUUUUGAAUCGGCAUGUCGUGCGUGCGUUGGUCGCGGUACCGUAGUUCAAGAAGACUACAAAUGCGCACAAUGCCAUGGUGAUGGUUUAGUUAAAGAGGAUAAAAAACACGAUGUGAGCUUAGAAAAGGGAGUAACUCACAUGACCAAAAUCCCCUUGCGGUCGGAGGGUCAUCAAUCAAUAGCAGGGGAUUGUGGUGAUCUUAUUGUAGUUAUCAUAGAGACUGAACAUUCUAGUUUUACACGCCGUCAAAAUGAUCUAUUACGCGCUGAGCAGUUAAAUAUCACAGAGGCUCUAUGCGGUUUCGUUCACUGCUUCAAGCAUUUGGAUGGUCGUGAUAUUAGCAUAUCAAACAAGCCGGGUGAGGUUAUCCGUCAUGGUGAUGUUAAAAUAGUUAAAGGAGAGGGUAUGCCGAUCUAUCACAAUCCUAUUGAUCGUGGUGAUCUCCUUGUCGGUUUCAGUGUUAUUUUUCCUGAGGACAAUUUUGCAACACCUGAACAGCUUAAAGAAUUGGAGGAUAUACUACCACCACGUGAGCCAUUCGAGAUGCCAGAAGAUGGUGAAGAGGUACAAUUAGUUCCUGUACAGCCACGUGAUGAGGAUGCCCGCGGUGCUACUGGUGGAGUGGAUGAUGAAGACGAUGACUAUGACAAUGGGCCGCCGUUCGAAAGCGUCCAAUGCCAGACUGCUUAAUUGCCUUCAGAACUUUGAACAAAUGCGCCAUGAAGCUAACAUUGUUUUUAUUAUUAAUUCACAAACUAAGUAUAUUUUAUGCUUCUUAACGCAUAUUUUGUUUGCUAUUUUUAAGGUGUGAAUAAGAAUUGUGUAAAAAUUUUUGAAAUUUAAUGCUAUAUUUACAUGUACACUAUUAACUAAUAUGAGUGCAACAAAUAUUUUUCCUAACAAAAUCUUAAGUUCAAUCAAAAUAUUUAUUUAUUAAGUUAAUGAAAUAUAAAUG